AUGGACGGCCUCAUCGUGUCGCCGUGGAACCGCUACCGGAUAAAAGAAUCGACCGAAAAAUACCGAAAAAGCCCAAGCUUGAGCCAAGAGCCGACUCGGUACGCCUGGACACGCUCCGCCCAUAUCAUUGGCCAGGGCCAUGAUCCGCGCUCAAGGCUGGUGCUGGACAGCACCAAAAAGUACAAAGGCAAGCACGGUGUAUUCCGGUCCACGGUUCUCCACCGCCUGCAAUCCGUGCUGCAGCAGCAGCUCGAGUCCGCGCAAUUUGCGCAGGGCGGCGUCAGUGAAGAGGAGCUGCGGCGGCAGGGCACCGAGUUCAUGAACGCCAUCGACGAGGCCUUCUCGCUCGCCGAGCGCAACAUCACGCGGCGCGAUAAGAACCCGCUCUUUUGGAACCUGCGCGACGCCUUCAUCCAGCGCGACGUGCGGGGCCUUGCCAAAGAGAUUCAGUACUGCUUUCAGUCCUUCGUCACGCAGCGCCGAUUCUCGCGCGGCAUCGAGGCCAGCCAGGCGCGCCUGCUCGACCUGCGCCACCCGCACGAGUGGUUCCCGGCCACUCGCGCCCUCCAGCGCACCGUCCAUAUCCACGUCGGCCCGACCAACUCGGGGAAGACGUACAACGCGCUGCUCGCCCUCGAGGCGUCCCGGUGCGGCGUCUACGCGGGGCCCUUGCGCCUGCUCGCCGCAGAGGUCUACCAUCGGCUGCGUGCUAAGGGCCUGCCGUGCGCACUCAUCACUGGCGAGGAGGUGCGCAUUCCCGACGACACGGACCGCUUCUUUUCGAGCUGUACCGUCGAGAUGGUCCCGCUCAACCGACGGUUCGAUGUCGCCGUCAUCGACGAGAUCCAGAUGAUUGGCAACCCGGACCGCGGCAGCGCGUGGACGACGGCGCUGCUCGGAGUCCAAGCCAAGGAGGUGCAUGUCUGCGGCGAGGAGCGCUCUGUGUCUCUGAUCGAAGGCCUCUGCGCGACUGUCGGCGACAAGUGUGUCGUGCACCGCUACGAGCGCCUCAGCCCGCUCAAGACCAUGUCGACGGCGCUGGAGGGCAAGUAUCACCGCUUGCAAAAAGGUGAUGCUAUCGUCGCCUUCAGCCGCGUCUCUUUGCACGCGCUAAAGCGCCAGGUAGAGCAAGAGACGGGCCGCCGGUGCGCUAUCAUCUACGGCACGCUGCCGCCCGAAGUACGCGUGCAGCAGGCCGCGCUAUUCAACGACCCAGACAACGACUACGACUUUGUCGUCGCUAGCGAUGCCAUUGGUAUGGGCCUCAACCUCGAGAUCAAGCGUGUCAUCUUCGAGUCGGUGCACAAAUUUGACGGCUUCCAGCACCGCAUGCUGAGCGUCCCCGAGUUUAAGCAGAUUGGCGGCCGUGCUGGGCGUUACCGCUCCGCGCAGCAAGCCACAAAAGACGGCGAGGCGGACACAACAACCGGCACCACGGAACAAAAAGUCGGCUACGUAACCGCCAUGGACCGGCAGGACGUGCGGUCGCUCACUCGCGCCUUCCAGCAGGACGUCGAGGACAUCAAGCACGCGUACAUCCAGCCGCCACCGAGCGUGGUCGAGCGCUUCGCGUCGUACUUUCCGCCCGACACCCCGCUGUCCUUCCUCCUGAUGCGCAUCAAGGCCGCCGCGACCGUCAGCACCCACUUCCGCCUCAACGUGAGCUCCUCCGCGCUCGAGAUCGCCGACAUCAUCCAGGACCUGCCGCUCUCCGUGUGCGACCGGUUGAGCAUCUGCCACAUGCCGAUCUCGCUGUCCAGCGAGGGCGCCGUCGCCGCGCUUCGCGCCAUGGCGCGAGUGGUCGCGCACAACGAGUCGGGCGACCUUCUCGACAUCCAGGAGAUACCGCUCGAGGUGCUCGACCUCCCGCUGACUGAGGUCUCGGGUAAGGGCGCGACCGACUACCUGUACAAGCUCGAGUCGCUGCACAUGGCGCUCAACGGGUACAUCUGGCUGUCGUACCGCUUCGCGGGCCUGUUCCGCAGCAUCGACCUCGCGUUCCACGCGCGCUCGCUGGUCGAGGGCAAGCUUAUCGACGCGCUGGAGAGACUCAACUUUACCGACGAGCAGCUGCUGUCACUGCGGCAGCGGAAGCGGCGCCAGGCCAAGGCGGCACGGCUGCGGGAGCGCGUCGCGGCCGAGGCAGAUGGGGACGCGGACACGGAUGUUGGUAACGAUAGUGCGGUCUUGGGUAUUGCGUCGGCCGAGUCAAUGAGGCAACGCAACGAGGUGACUGCGUAA